ACGACAUACACGACUCACCAUGUCCCUCCCCCGCUCGAACUACGACCCCAGGCGGGUAUGUCUCAGCCCGUUUCCCAACUGGACGCUGGGCAAACAUAAGCGUACGAUGGGCAUCUAUCUCGCGGGUGGGCUGUUUGCGCUGGCCAACUGGACAUUCCUCGACGCCGCUAUCCUCUCCGCGCAUGCACAUUCGCCGUAUGGCGAGCCGCAGGUGCCUCCGCCGGUGCACGUCUCCUUCGUUGACUGGGUCCCGGGCAUCUCGUCCUUGCUCGGCAUGCUCGUCGUUAACCUCAUAGAUAAGGACCGUGUGCGCGGAGACGAGGGCUUCGGCGAUGCACGCGCGGUCUGGCGGGCACGUCUCAUCCUCUUCAUUGGUUUCGCUUUGAUGGCGGGUGGUCUGGCGGGCAGCGUGGUCGUUCUGGUCCUGAAAUAUGUCCUGCAAGACUAUCCCGAACAAUACCAAUACUAUGGCUACGCCAAUGUCUCCCAGAACGUUGCUCUGAUGCUAUCCUCGGUUGUGCUUUGGAUGUCGCAAAGCGUCAGCAGCGAGUACGAAUACAACCUCUCUAUCUGAUUACCCCCCGUCCUUUGAAACCACCAUCCCGUUUCGGUGAUACGCUCGACCUCCAGUCCAACGUCAAGACUGGAGCCAAGUUUGCCGCUCGUGUUAAUCACUGUACCCGCUCGGUCCUUGGAAUAUAGCCUUUGCUACGAGGUUGCCAGUAUAUGUAAUUCGUUUAGGGUUUAUCCCUGACUCUUGA